CAGUUCCUCCAUCUAAGAUGCACACUUGUAGCAGCGACUAGAGGCUUUUCCUCCGCUCGCUCACGUCCUGGGUGUGCCACCCUCAAGUGGAUGGCGAAGAGGGGGGGCGGGAGGGGUCACGCAUGGAGCUGUGAGGACGCUCAGAUGCCCGUGUGGACGCCCCGGGAGGAGGAGGAGAAAGCACGGCCAUGAACAGGACCAAAAGGAAGCCCGACUGCGAGAGUCCCAACGCGCCGCAGAGCAGGAAGCAGGUCCAGAGGAGGAGGAACACGUGUCCCAGUCCUCAGGACAUCACCCGGGCCCUGCAGGGGCCCCCCAACGUGCCCAGCGCCAGCGCCGCCAGCCUGGAUGAGCUCAUACUACGCUGCCUCAACUGCUUCGACUGUGAGGGAAAGGUAUGCAGCCCCCGAGGCUCCCAAGUGGUCCACAUGACCCUGAUGAUGCACAGCUGGGUGGUCCCGUCCCAGACCUUCGCCCAGAAGCUCCUGGCCUCAUAUCCUGCCCUGCUCCUGUAAUCAGAGUUAGAUGCCUUUGUCCUACUCUCCGGCCGAGUACUGUAAAGUUGACCCACAUUCUGCUCCUUGACUCGUCUCUCACGUACAAGGACUGCCCGCCCGACAAAAGAGGACUGAGGCGGAGUCAGGUCUGCCACCUGGUCAGGGCCUGGAUCAGCCAGUUCCCUGCCGUGUUUGAGGCCGACCCCCUCCUGGAGCAGACCAUGGGGGACCUGUGGGCGCUGGUCCGCUCUGACGGGGAGGAGACGCAGCUCAUCGACACCUCCUGCUUCCCUCACGCCAACGUGUCACAGGCCCCUUCGCCCUCAGUGAAAAAGAGGAAGGUGUCCCUCAUCUUCGACCACAUGGAGGCGGAUGAGAUGGCCGAGCACCUCAGCUACUUGGAGUUCAAAAACUUCUGCAAUGUUACGUUCCUGGACUACCGCAGCUACGUGGUACGAGGCUCGGUGAGGGACAACCCGGCGCUGGAGCGCUCGGUCAUGAUGUGCAACGGCGUGUCCCAGUGGGUCCAGCUGAUGAUCCUCAGCAGGCACACGGCCCAGCAGAGGGCAGAGGUCUUCACCAAGUUCAUCCAUGUGGCUCAGAGACUUCGAGGUCUGCAGAACUUCAACACACUGAUGGCCGUCACCGGUGGCCUCUGCCACAGCUCCAUCUUCCGCCUCAAAGACACGUACAACCUGCUGCCUCCUGACGUCACCAAGGCCCUGAGUGAGAUGACAGAUCUGCUGUCGUCACGCAGCAACUACAGCAACUACCGGCGGGUCUACAGCGAGUGCGCUGGCUUCAAGGUGCCCAUCCUGGGCGUGCACCUCAAGGACCUGAUCUCCCUCAACGAGGCGCUGCCCGACUACGUGGACGAGGACAAGAUCAACCUGAGCAAGCUGCAGCACCUCUACUGCAACAUCAACGAGCUGCUCGCACUGCACGGCCGCACGCCGCCCUUCGAGGCCAACAAGGACCUCCUGCAUCUGCUGACGCUCUCUCUAGAUCUCUACUACACCGAGGACCAGAUCUAUGAACUUUCUUACACCAAGGAACCCAAGAACCCCAGGAUCCAGCCCGUCGCCCCAGUGAAAGCACCGGUGGUGGCAGAAUGGGGGUCAGGGGUGACGCAUCGCCUGGACCCCGACACCAUAUCCAAACACGUCAAACAGAUGGUGGAUUCCAUCAUGAAGAACUACGACCACAAGCAGGACGGCUUCAUUUCGCUGGAAGACUUUGAAAAGAUCGCCGCCAACUUCCCCUUCUCCUUCUGCACGCAUGAAACUGACAGGCAGGGUGAAAUCAGUCAGCAGGAGAUGAGGUCCUACUUCAUGCGGGGGAUGUCGGUGUGCGCCAAGCUGGGCUACAACUUCAACGACGGCCACAACUUCCAGGAGACCACCUACAAGAGGCCCACCUUCUGCGACCCUUGCAGGGGAUUUCUGUGGGGCGUCAUCAAGCAAGGCUACCACUGCAAAAACUGCGGGAUGAACUGCCACAAGCACUGCAGAGACCUGGUGGGAAUGGAGUGUGUGAAGAAACACAAAAACAACAGCAGCUCCUGUCCGUGCACACCUGCCCCGGACUCCCGGGCCAAGGGGACGCUGUGGAGUUCUGAGGAAGAGGCCUUUGUCUUCCCCCACGGCAACGAUGGGGAGAACAACAAGGGUGCGGCCUUGAGGAAGACCGCCGACUCGGCACUGUACGACUGUUCCACUCAGACGGAGCCUGGAGUGUGGACGCCCGAGAAGAAGGAGCGCAGGAUUUACAACCACGGCGCUCCUGGACAGGCCAACACGUUGCCUUCUCAUAGGAGUCGAGGCUGCUCCAUGCCCGUCUCCUUCCUGCAGGAGAAGCUGGAGGAGAUGCAUCUCUGCAAGGAAAAGAGCCGUGAGCCAGACUGAGCCGUCCCCCGUUCACCCUCAAAAAGGGACAAUCUUUGCAGAUGUCAAAGGACGCCUUAAUCGUUUGUGGCCGCAAGCGUCCACGUGGGACUGUUUCCAGCGAGGGACUUUUCUUUCCAUUCCUCGCGUACUUUCUGGUGCUAAGAAUCUUGGGGGAGGUCAGGUGAGCGCUUUCCUGAUCCAGGACCAGUCCAUGGAGGGAAAUGAACACUAAAACCUGCAGCUGAGUUGGCAUCCACUCUGUUUGGCAGCUAAGUCCACAAGGCUCCUUAAAGAAGUUGACUUUUUGUCCGAUGGGAACUUCAAUCAAAUCAUUUUGCCUUCAAACUUUUGGAUUUCAGAGCCAAUUCAGCACCUCAAGUGACUUUUGCUCGCGUUAUCGUGUUCAAGCACAACAAAGCCAAUUAAAAGAAAACGUGUAAGUACUUUGAA